AGAACGCUGUUGUACCACCAACCUCGUUGACGUUUGCACCCAAGGAGCCCAGAAGGUGGGCUCGUAUACAUAUUUGCACCGCGGAUGCUUGGGCGCAAAAUGGUGACGAAGGCGACUCCUCCUCCCAAGUCGGCGACAAGUCCGCGGCGCGACCGCGGCAAGCCCGUUACCCCCUCUCCGCAAACCCGGGCCAGCCCCGUGAGCCCGAAGCUGGGCGCAACACAGUUUCACUCAAAGGGAGCACGCAGCGAGAUGGAGCUUCAUUUUGAUCGGUACUGCUCUCUAGAGAAGUCUUCGCAGACAGACAGCUUAACAGGACGCGGACUCACCCAGUUUUUAUCGGAGAUCGCCGUUUCGCCGUUCUCGUUCGAGUACUACGUCGUUUUGUGGAAGCUCAGUGCUACGCAAAACGGCUGCAUUUUGCGCUUAGAGUGGGUCAUGGCGAUGUACACGCACGGCGUCGAGUUUCUUAGCCAACUCAAAAUAAAGACGGCAGAGUGGGUGAAGGAGGUGCGCGGCAGUGGGGGCCGCUUUCUCCUCAUGUACAACUUCUUGUACGACUACAUCCGCGGCGAGGACGACCGCUGCAUGUCGCUCCAAAAUGCGACGACCGCGUGGGACUUAUUUUUCGAGAAGAAAGAUCUGUAUGUCCAGUGGAAACCCUGGGCCGCUGAUCACGUGCAUUCGGAAGUCUCACGCGACCUAUGGCGGCAGGUUGGCGUGCUGAUUACAUUGAACACAGGCGCGACGAAAAGCGGCAGCGAGGCGAUUAUGACGGCGACUCUGCCAACGGUUAUCACCGACUUCCUUGAGCGGAAUAACAAAACUCCUUGA